AUGAAGGUGUUUGAUCAAAUGGCAAAGCUCCAUGUGAGACGGGACUCUGCAAAAUAUAGCAUGGUGAUCCGGGCAUUGUGUGAGAGUGGCGAGUUUGGUCAAGCUGAGGAGCUUGUGGAUGAGCUCUUGGAGAAGGAGCUUCUCAAGAAAAGAGAUGGUUGUGUACCGCUUGUGGCGGCAUACAACCCAGUUUUUAUGUACUUUUGCGAGAAGGGGGAGGCAAAGAAGGCCAGGAUGCUGUUUGGGCAGCUGUUGGAUCAGAGGAGCAAAGUCGAUGUCCCAGCAUUCAAGACAUUGAUCCUAGGACAUUGCAAGGAGGAAGAUUUCGAAGAAGGGUACCAACUGGUGCUCUCAAUGUUGAAGAAGGAUCUUGUGCCUGAGUGAAUGCUAUAUUGCCGUAAUAGAUGGUUUUCUACAGAGGGGAAGGAUGAAGUUUGAUUGGGAAGCCCUGCACAGAAUGUUAAAUAGCAGUCUUCGGCCUAGCACAAGUACAUUCCACUUGGGG